UUACUUGUUCUUCACUCAGAAAAAGCACACCUUAUAGCUGCAAAGAAACGCCGUAGAAUAUAACAAACACAGUUGGAGAUAAAGUACAGAUCCAGCUACAUUCUCUUGUCAUCUUUGAUUCAAAUCCAUGGCUUCCAAAUUGCUACUCAUUGGUGUGUUUGUUCUUGACUUGAUUGCUUUUGGACUUGCUGUUGCUGCUGAACAAAGGAGGAGCACUGCUAAGAUUGUUCCAGACAGAGAUGAAAACUAUAACUAUUGUGUCUAUGACUCGGAUAUAUCAACCGGCUAUGGCGUUGGAGCAUUUCUAUUCCUCCUUGUUAGUCAAAUCAUCAUAAUGGUUGCCAGCCGAUGCUUCUGUUGCGGGAAGCCUCUAAAGCCCGGAGGCUCAAGGGCGUGUGCAGUCAUUCUUUUCAUAAUCUGCUGGGUGUUUUUCUUGAUAGCUGAGAUAUGCUUAUUGGCGGGAUCAGUUGAAAAUGCUUACCACACAAAGUACAGGACCCUCUUUGUGAAUGAUCCUCCUUCUUGUGAGACAGUAAGGAAGGGAGUUUUUGCUGCUGGUGCCGCCUUCAUUUUCUUCACUUCCAUCAUUUCGAAAUUCUAUUACAUCAACUACUCUAGCGCGAGGGAAAGUUUCCAACCAUAUCUUGGAGGUGGUGAGACUGGCGUUGGCAUGGGAACCUACAAAUGAGCUUGUAUCUGAAAUUCGAUUCUGUAACGUUUUCUUGAUUAUGUUGCAUUUAUUAUACUUACAGUUUUAGAGGCUAUAGUAGAAUGUAUAAGUUGUGUGUAGUAAUUUUUGUUAUUGUUGUUGUUACCUAUUGUCUUUUUAAUUGAUGAUGAUUGGGAUUCAUUACCUCUUACAUUUUUAGGGUGUUCUUUGUCACAGAUAUAAAUAUCAUUGUAUCGAUAUCAAUUUAUAAGAAAGAAUGUUUUGUUGCA